AUGGCUGGCUUUUGCAAGAAACGCAGAGCUGUGGUGGUGAUUUUGAUUUUCCGCCUGCUGACUGCGAGUCUCCAUCCUGCAGAAGGGCUGGACGGGAUGAAGUUCGUCGAGAGUGCUCAGUUUCCAAUUCAUGUUUUUCUUCUCCCCCCACGCAGGUGGUUGGAGAAGGAGCCGCUGGCCAAAUCCAGCCUGGAGCGUACUUGGCUCUUCCACGAGAUUGGGCGCUGCUACCUGGAGCUGAAGAAUCACGAAGGGGCCCGUGACUACGGCUUGAAGUCCCUGGCAUCGGCGGAGAAGGCGGGAGACCAAGAGUGGAAAAUGAACUCCAACGUGCUCGUGGCGCAGGCUGAGUUCAAACUCGGCAACCUGCACAAGGCAUUGACGUUCUUUGAGAAGGCGCUGGAGAAAGCCAGCUUGCUGAACGACGACGCGGCACAGGUGGCGAUCUCAAACGCGGCCGUGGAGGCCAAGUCACUUGUGACAGGUUCUUCGUCA